UCGAACAUAAUGCGCGCCCGCGUACACGUUGUCACAUGCUCAGGCGCGGCUGCACUGUUGAGUUCGAAGAGGCCCGGGCGCCCGGACGACGUCGCUCCUUCCUUCUGAUCCGAGCCAUCGAUCGAUCGAUCGAGUCUGCUGCCCUCGCUCCUCGCUCGUGACCCGCAGCGCUCCGUGCCAUUUGGAUCCCGAGACCUUCUCCUUUCUCGCUUUCUCUUUCUCCCUCUCUCUCCCAUUCUCUCUCUCGCUGUCUUACUCUCUCUCUCGGGGAGGUGGGUCUACAUCUUUCUCGCACUCAUCAGAGCUCAGAUUUCAAGCACCUGCCACCUCCGGCCGGGCUGGGGAGGGAGGGAGGGAGAGAUUUCAUAGUUCCGAAUCGGCCAGCCUAGUUUUUCCCCGCGAGUGGAAAGGUCAAGGUGGAAUUGCUCACCACUUCCGAUUGUCGGUCGAUCGUCGCAGUUAGGCUGGACACCUCAGACUUUCAUCCGAACUGAAGGCAUGGCUACAAGCUGGAAAACAUAUUCAGGCACCGCCUGUUUCAGCCAGGAUUUGAAAGCUCAGCACGUAAGGAAAGCCACGGCUACCAGGAUGUACUGCACUGCCAUAAGAUCUUCGCCAUCGUUGACGUUUCGCCAUUCCUUCUCAGUUUUAAAUGCCGGGCCACGCAAACUGUCCCUGAGAAUUCCAAGAAGAAGCAACCUUCGAAAAUUGGCAAAUGACCUCAUAGUAAGAGCUGUUUCUGCACAGCCAAAUGCGACAUUUCAGACGCUUCCCGGUUUUACUCAACUCGCAGACACCGCUAUACCGGAAACAUUGACAUUGCCGGAGAUUGUGAAGACUUUACCUCCAGAGGUGUUCGAAAUAGAUGAUUUGAAAGCGUGGAAGACUGUAGUCAUAACUGUGACAGCAGUGGCCGCGGGAUACGCCGCUUUGGCAGUGUCACCUUGGUACCUGUACCCAAUUGUCUAUGCCUAUUUGGGAACAGCUGUCACCGGAAUGUUUGUAGUUGCUCACGACUGUGGUCAUUCUUCAUUUUCGAACAACAAGACGGUGAACGAUGUUGUCGGAACCAUUAUGAUGAUGCCGCUCAUCUACCCCUUCGAGCCAUGGAGAAUCAAGCACAACACCCAUCACGCACACACGAACAAAUUGAUCAUGGACACAGCGUGGCAACCGUUUCGUCCACAUCAAUAUGACAGGUCGCCACCAUCCGCCAAGGCUCUGAUGGAGGCCAUGAUGGGCCCAUUCUGGUGGGCUGCUUCUGUGGGCCACUGGCUGUUGUGGCAUUUUGAUCUGAACAAAUUCCGUCCCCAAGAGAGAGCUAAGGUGAAGGUGAGUUUGAUUGCUGUUGGAGCUUUCGUGGUUGGUGUGCUGGUACCACUUCUUGUGACUCAAGGCCCUGUUGGCUUUGUGAAAUGGUGGCUACUUCCUUGGUUGGGAUUUCAUUUCUGGAUGAGCACUUUCACAAUGGUCCAUCACACCGCCCCUCAUAUUCCGUUCAAAGGAGGUCGCGAAUGGAAUGCAGCUGAGGCGCAGCUUACCGGAACAGUUCACUGUGAAUAUCCAGCUUGGGUGGAGUUUCUGUGUCACGAUAUCAGUGUGCACAUUCCACAUCAUAUUUCCUCGCGGAUUCCUAGUUACAAUCUGCGAAAGGCUUAUGAUUCGAUCCGAGAGAACUACGAUAAGCACUUGAACAAAGCAGUUUUCGGUCCCGAUCUUAUUUCCACGAUUAUCUUCAACUGUCAGUUAUUUGAUGCGAAAGACAAGAAGUGGCUGAAGUUCGACAAGAGGUCACGCGAGAAGUCUACCUCAGAAUCCGAAAAUUCCACAAACUAGUCCACAGAACGACCAACCCACCCAAUUCACUGUUCGCGGCUAGAUGAGUAGCGUCAUUGAAACCUCGAGUUCAUGAGUUUUUCCUCAGGACGGACAAGAACGAGGUCACAUGGCUUGAAACCAUAUUUCUAAUGUGUACAUUUCAAACAUGACCAUCAACUGAUGCUUGAUGGAAUUCGGA